AUGGGCAACCCACAUGUUAUUGCUAUACCCUAUCCAGCACAAGGUCAUGUACUUCCAUUGAUGGAAUUCGCGCUAAGCUUAGUCAAUCAGGGUUUCAAGGUUACAUUUGUGAACACGGAGUUUAAUCACAAGCGGGUCAUGAAGGCAUUGUCGGAGCAAGACAAUGUGCAUGAUCUGAUACAUCUGGUUUCGGUCCCAGACGGAUUGGAACCAUGGGAGGAUAGAAAUGACUUGGCCAAAUUAUCGACAGCAAUGGUGGAGGUCAUGCCUGGGAAGCUGCAGGAGCUCAUACAAAAGAUUAAGGACAAUGACGAUGAUGAUGAUGAUGAAAUCACUUGUAUUAUAGCUGAUGGUAGUAUGGGGUGGGCUCUAGAAAUUGCCAAGAACAUGGGAAUCAAGAGAGCAGCCUUUUGGCCUGCAUCAGCCGCUUUGUUGGGCUUGGUACGCAGCAUUCCAAAGCUAAUUGCCGAUGGGAUCAUAAACAACGAUGGAAGGGUCAUGACGAACCAAAUGAUUCAAUUGUCACCAACCAUGCCACCCAUGAACACUUCAAAUUUAGUAUGGGCCUGCAUUGGCGACUUGCCCACACAGAAAAUCAUUUUUGAUUUUAUUGUAGGAAAUAACAAAUCAUUGGAACUGGCAAAUUGGAUGGUUUGUAACUCAACUUAUGAGUUAGAGCCAGCAGCAUUUACCCUAUUUCCAGAUAUCUCACCCAUAGGCCCAUUGCUGGCAAGCACCCGGCUUGGAAAGUCACCAGGCUACUUCUGGCCAGAAGACUCAACUUGCCUAAAAUGGCUCAAUCAACAGCAACCCCACUCUGUAAUCUACGUUGCAUUUGGGAGUUUCACAAUUUUUGACAAGAAACAGUUUCGAGAAUUGGCUUUAGGGCUUGAACUCACCAACAUGCCAUUUUUGUGGGUUGUGCGGCCAGAUUUAACUAGCGAGACCAACGACGAUGAUGUAUACCCAAAAGGGUAUAUAGAAAGAGUUGGAUUAGGAUUCAACCGAGAUGACAAUGGAAUCAUCUGUCGUGAAGAAAUCAAGAAUAGAGUGGAGCAAUUGCUUGGGGAUGAAAGUUUCAAGGCUAAGGCAUUGGAUCUGAAAGAGAAGGCCAUGAAUGGUAUCAAAAAAAGUGGCGACUCACACAAAAGUUUCAACAAUUUCGUUGAAUGGACGAAGGGAAAAGAAAAGUAG